AUGCCUUCCACGGGUCUCGAAGAUACGACGACGUACAAUGACAAGUAUGUCGUUCUCUACGAUUUCAGUGAGAUAGAUCAUGAUACCGCCGUCAAGGAAGUCGGAACCUUGCUUCAAGACUUGGAAGAAGUCGGUCUGCACACAGAGGUCAGAGCAGGAUAUGAGCAGAGUCUUCUCAUCUUCGUCAGAGCUCCUCGCGAGUUGCUUGGAAACUGGGUGGUUAAAGACUGGCUGUAUGGAAUCGUGCCAAAUCACCCCGGCGGUGAUAAAGACACUGUUGUCGACGGAGCUUUUGAAGCCGAGGACAUUCUCUCCGUCUACCAUAUUGUCAACUGGUCAAAGGAAAUUGGUGGCGCUGGGAUCACACCCGAGAUUGGGCAGUGGGAAAAUGUCAAGGCCAUUUUCCCUCUGCAUAACCCCAAGGUCAACCAGUCUCUUCUCAGUUAUCUGAGCAGGCGAUUCUUUCUGACGCACGACGAUAUCGACUCUAUUCGGAACCUCCACGGUUCAAAGGUCGCAUUUUACUUUGCAUUCAUUCAGGCAUAUCUUCUAUUCCUCACCUUUCCGGCCUUCACCGGAGUUGUCGCAUGGCUAUGGCUUCCACAAUACUCUCUUGCUUACGGAAUUCUGACCAGUGUUUGGUGCACUGUCUUCCUAGAGUACUGGAAGAUCCAAGAGAUUGACUACAGUCUCCGAUGGAACGUCAAGGGAGUUCAGCACCUCAAGGUCAACCGUCCGCAGUUCAAGUGCGAGACUGUAUACACCGAUGACACUGGGCGCAAGCAUUAUUAUUUCCCGCGCUGGAAGAAGGUUGUUCGGCAGCUUGCCCAGAUCCCUUUUCUUCUGUUUGCGUUUGCGGCUUUGGGUGUAACCAUCAUCGCUGUGUUUGCUAUCGAGAUUAUGAUUUCAGAGACAUAUGCUGGACCCUACAAGGACUAUCUGGAAUAUCUCCCUACGAUCCUUCUUGCCGUGUCUCUUCCGUACAUCACAUCAGCACUCGAAGACGCAGCCGAAAAGUUGACCGAAUACGAAAACCACCGCACAGCCGAUCAUCACGAAAUGUCACUCACUCAAAAAUUCUUUGUUCUCAACAUGUUCACAAACUAUUUGCCCAUUUUCCUUACAGCGUUUAUAUACAUUCCUUUUGGCGGUGAUGUGGUUCCUAAACUCGAAAGCGUUCUUGUCAAAGCUUUUGCCAGCGUCGGCAAGAAAUUCGUACACCAGCCAUUUCAUCUCGAUGCAGACAGGUUGAGGAAUGAAGUCAUUGCUUUGACUGUUACUGGCCAGAUCUCAGGAUUCUUUGAGGAGAACAUUGUGCCGAUGCUGAAGCACAGACUAUCAGGAUGGUACAGAGAUUACCGACGAUCGCACUCCAAGGGCGACAUGUUACUUGCUGUUGUUAAGGACGAGCCCGAGGAAUCAGCUUUCUUGUCGCGUGUGCGCAAUGAAUCCACUCUUCCCAAAUACAAUGUACAGGACGACAUUGCUGAGAUUGUGCUUCAAUUUGGCUACCUGGCUCUAUUCUCCCCGGUCUGGCCCAUUAUUCCGAUCGGUUUCUUGAUCAACAACUGGAUUGAACUACGAUCUGAUUUUGCGAAACUCUCCCUUGAGCAUCAGCGACCUGCUCCUGUGCGAUCUGACGGCAUCGGUCCAUGGAUCUACUCCCUCGAAGCACUCACCUGGCUCGGUAGUAUCUGCACCGCUGCCAUUGUCCACCUCUUCAGCGGCAAAGCAAUCGGCGGCGCACUCGGAAGCUGGGCCGCUCUUCCAGUAACAGUUUUUAUCAGCGAGCACGUUCUUCUAUUGCUUCGCUCCCUCGUUCGCUUCACUCUUCAGCAGAUCGGUUCCGACCGCAUCAGGGCGGAUCACCACCAGCGCUACGCGAACCGAGUCAAGCAUCUCGAGGAGAUGGAAACAAAGAGACAGACGGGUCUCGCGGUGCGCGAAGCUCAUCGGGAGCGUCGUAAGUCUGUUCUUGUCAUGGAGCGAGAUCCAUUCUGGACGAGGCAGGUUGAGAGCGGGGCGAGUGAGCUGGCGGGUGUCACUUUGAUACAGCAGGUUAAGAAGAACGAGACCUCGGAGAUCCAAGAGAAGACCGAUUAA